AUGGCCAGGAAUUGCCGCUCUGCCAUACUAGGGUUUGCGCAUACGCUGGUAAGACGUAUUGGAAGAAAUCGCAUAAUGAUAGCUCAAAAUAUGCACUUUGAUUUCGCUGAAAAGGUUCUCAUCGGACCCAUGCAGGAGUACGCCGAUACUUUUCCGCUUCAAUUGCAUUGUAGUGCUCCGUCAGAUAUCUCCGCAUGUCAAUCUGUCCAAUGCAAUGAUAUCAAAAGGUCGAUAUAUUUGGUGAACUCAGCGGCCACUUGGCUGGUGCUAGAACGGGGUGCACAUGCUUAUUGUGUUCGUGCAUUACCGCUUAUUAUAACUGAAAUGGACCUUUGA